UUGGACAUUUCCUUUGUGGGGUGAGUGAGUGAGAAGACACAAAUAAAAGAAGAGUGCCGCCACCGUUGCCCCACACCUUCUUUCCUUUGCAUUUUCCUUUCCCAUUCUCAUUUUCAUUCCUAAAACCCCUUCAUUCACUAUUGCAUUUUCAGCUUCCAUACCUCUUUCUCACAAGAUCGAGCUUUGGGGAAGCUGAGACAUCGUUUGAGUGAUAACCCUUUUGCAGAUCCCUCAAGGAUUGUGUCAUUUGUCGAAAUAACAUGGUUGGAACAAGCAUGGCGAGCAUGUUGCAGCUUAAUGGGGUUCAAGGGAGUCAUGGUGUAGCUCUGAGGCGGAGCUUGGUGCAUUGGAGAACUCAAAGGGGGUUUUCAGCAUUUGCUGCUCCUGUUUGUGGAAGGAGGGUUUGGAGCAACAAGGUGGCAUUCGGUGUGACAUGCAAGGCCUCAACAAGUGAUUUGGUUGAGAAGAGUGUGGCUGAGAAUGGGAAGGUGAGUGAGGGUGAAACCAGUUUCACUUGUGUCAUGAAGUUUGGUGGCUCCUCAGUGGCUUCUGCUGAGAGGAUGAGAGAGGUUGCAAGUCUUAUAUUGAGUUUUCCAGAGGAGAUGCCUAUAGUUGUUCUCUCUGCUAUGGGAAAGACAACAAACAAGCUUUUGCUGGCUGGAGAGAAAGCUGUGAGUUGUGGUGUAAUAAAUGUGUCGAGUAUUGAGGAGCUUUGCUUUAUAAAAGAUCUGCAUCUAAGGACUGUGGAUGAGCUUGGAGUGGACAAAUCUGUUAUUGCAAAGCAUCUAGAAGAAUUGGAGCAACUUCUGAAGGGGAUAGCUAUGAUGAAAGAAUUGACUAAAAGGACUCAGGACUAUUUAGUCUCCUUUGGAGAAUGCAUGUCGACUAGGAUCUUUGCUGCAUAUCUUAAUAAAAUAGGUGUCAAGGCCCGCCAAUACGAUGCAUUUGAGAUUGGUUUUAUAACUACUGAUGACUUCACAAAUGCUGACAUUUUGGAAGCAACUUAUCCGGCUGUUGCAAAGAGAUUGCAUGGUGAUUGGGUAUCCGAUCCUGCAAUUGCAAUAGUUACAGGCUUCCUUGGAAAGGCCAGAAAAUCUUGUGCAGUGACAACACUGGGAAGAGGGGGCAGUGAUUUGACAGCUACAACAAUUGGGAAAGCACUAGGAUUGCCUGAGAUCCAGGUAUGGAAGGAUGUUGAUGGUGUCCUAACCUGUGAUCCAAAUAUAUAUCCAAAAGCAGAACCUGUUCCUUAUUUGACAUUUGAUGAGGCUGCUGAACUAGCCUACUUUGGUGCUCAGGUUCUGCAUCCACAGUCUAUGAGGCCUGCAAGAGAAAGUGAUAUUCCUGUUAGGGUUAAAAAUUCUUACAACCCUAAAGCUCCAGGUACACUCAUCACCAAGGCAAGAGAUAUGAGCAAGGCAGUAUUAACAAGCAUUGUUUUGAAACGUAAUGUGACCAUGUUAGAUAUAGUGAGCACUCGCAUGCUUGGUCAGUAUGGUUUUCUUGCUAAGGUGUUUUCAAUCUUUGAAGAGUUAGGCAUAUCGGUUGAUGUUGUUGCUACGAGUGAAGUAAGUGUUUCCUUGACAUUGGAUCCAUCAAAGCUAUGGAGCAGAGAGCUAAUUCAACAGGCAAGUCAGGAACUUGAUCAUGUUGUCGAAGAACUCGAGAAAAUUGCUGUGGUGAAUCUUCUACAGAAUAGAUCCAUCAUCUCUCUCAUUGGAAAUGUUCAGAGAUCAUCACUAAUAUUGGAGAAGGCUUUUCGAGUUCUUCGAACACUUGGUGUCACUGUGCAAAUGAUCUCUCAAGGUGCAUCUAAGGUGAACAUCUCAUUGGUUGUAAAUGACAGUGAAGCUGAGCAGUGUGUGAGGGCUCUCCACUCAGCCUUCUUUGAGAGUGAGAUCUCAGAGUUAGAGAAAGAUUACAAAAGUAGGAAUGGUUCUGUUGCUUAAUUGUCUUAGGGGACAGUAGAGUGUGUCAAUUCUUUGUCCUAAAGAUAUGUAUCCCAAUCUUAUAUGCUAAUGUCAACCAAGCAUUUUUGAAUCCUCCUAGCCUUGGCUAUUGUGAUGUACUAGAGUAAUGUAUUUUACUUGAAGAUAGAUGUUAGUUAGGAGGAAUGGCAAAGCAUUAGUGUAUAACUAGUCUCGGUAUUACUAGUAUAACCCCUAGUAUUCUUUUGUAGCUGCUUCCAAAGGGUUAAUAACCAGCUGCAAAGCGAUUAUUGUUGACUAUAUUAUUUGAAAUCAUGAUCUUUUUGCCUCAA